AUGAUGGUUGAAUCAAAUUUACAUGGUAACUGCUUGCCUCCAGAAAUGGAGGAAGGCAAUAUUGAAUAUAAGAUGAAACUAGUGAAUCCAUCACCAACACGCAUUCAACAUCUAAUCACGCAGAUGAAAUGGCGCUUGCGAGAGGGGCAAGGAGAAGCAAUUUAUGAGAUUGGUGUCGAAGAUGAUGGCACAAUGGUAGGCCUGACUGAUGAUGAACUGAAUGCUUCAAUGAACACACUUCGAAUAAUGGUUAAUGCGCUAAGUGCGAGUAUGGUUAUUUCAAAGAGCAAAAAAUCAUCGCAUCGACGAGUUGUUGAAAUCCUUGUACGAAAGGUACCUGAUAAUCAGCAGUUCAUUGAUCUCAGGUUAGCAAUACUUGGUGGAAUUGAUGUGGGAAAAUCAACGCUUUGUGGAGUUUUAACGCAAGGAGUAUUGGACAAUGGUCGAGGAAAAGCAAGGUUGAAUUUGUUCCGGUACCUCCAUGAGUUUCAGUCCGGACGAACCAGUUCUAUCUGUUUGGAUGUUUUUGGCUUCAAUUCUAAGGGAGAUCUGGUCAAUUAUUCAAAUCAUUCUUUGGAUGAAAUAGUAAAAGAAUCAACGAAGCUUAUAACUUUGGUUGACUUAGCUGGCGAUCGAAAAUAUUUAAAAACAACCAUAUAUGGUUUAUCAGGUUAUCAGCCACAUUUUGCAGCGUUAGUUGUAAGCGCAACCAAGGGUCCAACGUCGGUCACAAGAGAACAUUUGGGCUUGGCUAUUAGUUUAAGCAUUCCAGUUUUCGUUAUUAUAACGAAAAUCGAUCUUGUACUCAAUUCUCAGGAUGCUGUUGGGUAUUUAAUCUUCAUACUUUCGAAGAUAUUUUUUGAGCAUCGAAUUUUCUUUUUACCAUUGAAUUAUGUGUAUUGCAGAUAUGCAUCAUCCAUGAUUAGUCAAAAUAUUGUGCCAAUUUUUUCAAUUUCUAAUGUUACUAAUCAAAAUUUGGAUUAUUUAAAGCGGUUUUUGAAUAUUUUACCAGCUAGCGGAAUGUCGAUAUCGAAACGCGAUGAAUUAUCAUUAGCUGCUCCUCUUUUUUGUAUAGAUGAAGUAUUUUCAGUGCCACAUGUCGGUAUUGUGGUUUGUGGGUUAAUGAACGAUGGUAUGUUAAGCCAGUAUGAUCGGAUUCAGCUGGGUCCAGACAAAAAAGGUAUGUUUCAUAUUGGAAAGAUAGACAGCAUUUAUCGUAAUAAACAACCAGUUCGAUAUGUGGGGCCUGGUGAAGCUCCAUCAAUAGCUAUAUCAUUAACUGAACCCGAUGCUCUGGCUUUUGAGGAUAUUCGAAGGGGUAUGGUACUUAUAAAUUGGAAAGAUAUAGGUGUAUCAUGCCGUCGUUUUGUUGCACGAUUUUAUUUGCUUUAUCAUACUUCUGAAGAAAUUUGUAUUGGUUUCCAAGCAACAAUUUACAUUGGAUCUGUUUGUCAGACAGCGACAAUAAUCGACCUGGAUUGUCCAUCAGUGAUUCCGUGCGUCUGGGUAAUAGCCACGUUUGAGUUUUAUAGUUAUCCAGAAUUUGUUCGCACAGGAACACCACUUAUAUUUCGGCAGGGUCCAACUAAAGGCAUGGGUGAAGUUAUUGAGAUAUUGUGA